UGUGCGGCCAAUCGGGGCGACGCCUUCAUUUUGCUGGGAGACUCGUGGGGUAACUUGCACUUGUGAACCAGCACCAUGGCGUCUGGCUGCAAGAUUGGCCCGUCCAUCCUCAACAGCGACCUGGCGAAUUUAGGGGCCGAGUGCCUCCGGAUGCUGGACUCUGGGGCCGACUAUCUGCACCUGGAUGUAAUGGACGGGCAUUUUGUUCCCAACAUCACCUUUGGUCACCCUGUGGUAGAAAGCCUCCGAAAGCAGCUAGGCCAGGACCCUUUCUUUGACAUGCACAUGAUGGUUUCCAGGCCAGAACAGUGGGUAAAGCCAAUGGCUGUAGCAGGCGCAAAUCAAUAUACAUUUCAUCUCGAGGCCACUGAGAACCCAGGGGCUUUGAUUAAAGACAUUCGGGAGAAUGGGAUGAAGGUUGGUCUUGCUAUCAAACCAGGAACUACAGUUGAGUAUUUGGCACCAUGGGCUAAUCAGAUAGAUAUGGCCUUGGUUAUGACAGUGGAACCUGGGUUUGGAGGACAGAAGUUCAUGGAAGAUAUGAUGCCAAAGGUUCACUGGUUGAGGACUCAAUUUCCAUCUCUGGACAUAGAGGUCGAUGGUGGAGUAGGUCCUGACACUAUCCAUAGAUGUGCAGAGGCAGGAGCUAACAUGAUUGUGUCUGGCAGUGCAAUUAUGAGAAGUGAAGACCCCAGAUCUGUGAUCAACCUCUUAAGAAAUGUUUGCUCAGAAGCUGCUCAGAAACGUUCUCUUGAUCGAUGAAACCACAGGGAAUCCAGUGUUGCUUCUCAUGAAAUCUUUCAACUGGAAAACAGGAAUAUUGACUACCAAAUCAUAAUCACAGUUGAGGCAGUGCUGCUUCUCUAAGCAAUUAUUUGUUCCAGUGACUAAAAUCUAUUCCAAGAGGUUAGAAAUUGGGGUGUAUAACUACAUUUUUAGUGAUGGAAUAUAAAGAUUGUGUGGUAAAAUACAUUUUACUGGGGGACUUGAUUUUUAUAAAGAGUAAACAUAUGGCUGUAUUAAGAUUAUAAGCAGAAAUGUGUCUUAAUGCCUAAGGAAGGCAUAUUAGCUACUAUGAAAAACAUGUUUUUUCCUGCAUUUCUAAGAAUAUUCUGUUGUUUCUUGACUAUUUUCCAAAAUCAAAAAGAAUUCCUCGUGUUUUUCUUGUUUUUUUGUCAUUUUUGAUUUGUGUAUAUGCCUGAUAAUAUAAGUAGAACAGAACUUAGGAGAAGUCCAAGUUUGAAUCUGGCUGGGAUGGCUUCCAAAACAUUUAUUUUCUGUGCACCUUAUAUUUGAUACCUAAAGACUAUAAAGACAAUGUAUGGCAUCCAGGGAUUUUCAGGAGGUCUGUUCUAAAAUGCAAGUGUAGAUUUUAUCAGUGUUUUCUUUGCUGGCUUUACUGAGGGGGCAGGUUAUUCAGUGAUCUCCCCCUUUCUUAAUCAUGCUGAUCAUUAAGGACUUGAAAUAUUGUGCUAGCUCUGAGACAAAGGAAUGGAAGGCCUCUACUGAGAAGUAAUGUAAAGUUCAGUCCUGCCCUUAGCAAAUUAAAAUAAGCAGUCUUUGAGAUGCUAUUAACUAAUAUAUACAUUGAAUGUAACUGUAACUAUCAGGAGUAUGUUAAGGAUUAAAAGAAAGAACUGAUAAAUGUAAAGUUUCUAUUACUAUUCCUAGAAUUGUAGGAUUGAGGAAUUGAUUCUCCAAUAUAAAUCAGCUAUUAUGGUAGGGUUUUAUUGUAGAUUACAAAGUACUUUCAUGAAAUCUCAUUAAAAUCUGCAAAUCAGUUUCCUGAGUAGUAAGACAGGUGUUUUAAGUCCCCUUUAAAAAAGUAAAGAAGGUAAAAGCUCAGGAAAGGCUGGUACCAUGGAAAGAAUUCAGUAGGGCAUAGGACUUCCAGUCUAUAAUUUUUUUUUUUUAAACAAAUGAAGCCCAUAAGAAGUAGAUUAAGCAAAGAAAGCUUGCUUUACUUAACACUGUCUUAUUUCCAGUCUAACUUUACCCAGUAGCAGAAGCGCAUGGCUGAAAAUAUUCUGGAACUAUGGAUUCUGACCCAAAGGAUCUGUAUUUUAUUAAUCCAAGAAAGACCAGGUGGCUGAGAUGACAAGGUACAGAGCUAAUUCAUAAACUAGAUAUUUAAAGUUGUUUCCCGGAUUACACUUCAACAACAGAUAGGUAUCAGCUACUUCAUUCAUGUGAAAACACUCUUGCUUAUAUAACAUGUGUCGAUAAAAUAGGAUGUGUCAUUUAACAUGUUUAGGCCAUUACGAGUUUUGAGUUUGCUUGUUUUUUCUAGAUUACAAGGUAAAAUUUGUGUAUGUUAGUUUUUUUUCUGGCUUUAAUUUUGUGCCAUCAAUCGGUAGUAUUUAAUCAAAUCAGAUAACACAAAGCAUAUAGAAAUAACUUUAAUUAAAAAACUUACAUAGAAGAUUAUAAUAUCAGACAUGACAGAAAGAUUUGAGUUUAUUUGCCUGGACAAUUUGAGUUUGUCUGGCUUACGCUUUUUUAAAAAAUAAAUGUACAGUAAAACUACAAGAAAAAUUGUCAGUAUUGAAUUUGAAUUUUUUUUUCUUUUUAAAGGGACCAGUAUAAUUUCUAAUCCCUAACAAAAACUUAGUGUCAUAUCCCCCAGACUAGGCCAUAAGGCCAGGAUUGUCAAUUACAUAGAUACUUACAACUUGUAUAACCUUUUAUACAUGAGAAAAAGGAUUUCAUAUAAAUUGUCAACUUUUACAUAGGAAAAAAAGAUGUAUUUGCUUCAAAAGGAAUUUCCUUAGUGUAGACUCCAAUAUCCAAUAUUGAAGCAUUAUCUUUUGAAACAUUUUAAUUCUCAUUCUUGGAUACAAGUAAGAAUAAUAGAUGCUUAAUUGAAUAAAGUAAGCUAUGGUAAGGAAUGACCAAAUUAACUAGAAACGCCACCAUAUUUUCUAUACUGAUAAGACUUUCCUAUUUGCUGCUUAAGUUGGUGUUUUUCAUGAGAUACAUAAAAUAGAUAUUUAACUGUACCUUGCCUGUCUUACUCUGUUCGGAGUAAAUAGAAAUAACUGUGUUUAGUCCAACAGCUAUCAGUGAUUUCAAAUAAAGGAAUAUUGUGUUAUCUGGUAUAGAAAUUUCCAUAAAUAUUUCUACUAUUGGUUAAACAUACUUAAAAAAAUUUUACUUUCCAUAGUCAAAACUUUUAGAUGUUCAUUAUCAGUAGAAACCUGUGCUGCUCUAUUUAUACUGCAGCUUACAUUCUUGGGAUAGUUUAUGCAUACAUUUUCAAGUGGAGUGGGUCACGCCAGUGUUUUUUUAAAACUGUGUGUGUGUGUGUGUGUGUAUGUAUAUACUGUACACACAUUUGUAUACGCUAAUAUUUUCUGAGGCAAUUUUAAUGGAUUACUGUGUGUAUAGAAAAAAAGCUGUCAUUUGAUCUACAGGGUAUGUGUAUAUGUAUGUGUGGGUCUAAAGUUUUUUAAAAAAUAUUUACCCAGUAAUGUGAUUUUUAUAUCAAAUUGCAGUAGUUAAUUUUUUGGGUGCUUGUGAUUUAGAUCAUAAACACAAACAACUAGCAAUUGCCUGUAGGUAAAACUAGUUACUCCUGAUGUUCAAGAGGAAAAAGAAAUAAGCCUUGCCCGUUUCACAAACAGCAUAAGAGAUUAAUACAUGCAGGACAUGCUCUUACUCUGGAAAUGUGACUGAAGGAAGUGGGGUGGGGGAUGGAGAACAGGGUUUUAUUUUCCCUCCUGUUUUCCACUCAGUUACAUAGUGUUCUUAACCUGAUACCUGUCACCUAUUUUUUUUAAUGUGAGUAAGUCCUAGACCAAAGGUUUUGUACUCCAUUCCGUCGGCCUGCCUUUUUGGAUGGUGGCCAUUCUCUGGUACACUGGCACAGAAGACUUCACCAUGGAAAGCUGGGCUUGAUCUUUCCAUCUGAUCAUGCUUUUCUUCUUGACAUAAUAAGGCUUCUGUUUCUUCAUCCUUCAGCGGAAAAACCCGUCGUUCCCACCACAAGGACUGAAAGAGAACACAGUAUCAGUUAAGUGCCAACUAAUUUGUUUUGUUUAAAUUUAUGUAUGUAGUAAUUAGAAAUGUCAAUUUUAUAAUAACUAUUACCUUUGUUCUUUAGUACAUAAACAUAAAAAUUUUCAUUUGCACCUAAAUGUCUAGCAACAUUUCAAAAUGGAUGAUGUGGACUUUAGAGAUUUUUUAAUUGACAUACAUUAUGUUAGUUUCAGAGGUGUAGAGCAUAAAGAUCUGAUAUUGGUAUAAUGUAAUAUGAUAACCACAAUGACUAAUUCCCAUCUUUGCAAGUUUUCAAAUUUGCAAAACUUUGUUAUUGCAUAUGGACCCCAUUAUAUAAGCUACAUCCUGUGACUUAUUUAUAACUUAAAAUUUAUACUUCUUGAACUCUUCACCUAGUUCAUUCAACCUCCUUACCCUCUUUCCUCUGGUAACAUUAUUCUUUUUUCUAUCUCUGAAUUAUAUUGCGUAUUCUAAGAUUUCAUACAUAAUUGAAAUUGCGUAGUAUGUCUUUCUCUGACUUACUUCAUUUAGCAUAAUACUCUCAAGUGUGGCCCAUCCGUGUCACAAAUGACAAGAUUUCAGUUUUAUGACUGCACAGUAUUCUGUGCGUGAAUUUAUCUCACGGUUUUUGGUUUGAAUUUCUUUUUUUUCUUAAUUUUUUUAUUAUUAUUUUUAAAGAUUUAUUGAUUGAUUGAUUGAUUUAUACAUACAUGCAUACAAGCACUGGGUACAGUCAGAAGCGCAGGAGGGUGAGAGAAUUCACCAGAGCCAGAGAGGGGAGCAGAGCAGGCAGAAAGACCGAAGUACACUGCUGAGGGGAGCAGUGGGCGGCAGGAGAGGUCUGCGCGCCAUGUGGGACCCUCCUCCGGUGGCCGGGGAGCAGCCGGGGAUCGGGGAUCGAACCGGCGCUGCAGAGGCUGCGGGCAGCUUCGCAACCCAGCACUCAACCGCUGCGCCACCGGGGAGGCCCUGGUUUGAAUUUCUUUGAUGAGUAAUGCUGAGUAUCUCUUCAUGUGACUGUCAGCCAUCUGUAUGCUUGCUUUUUUUUCCUGCCCAUUUUUCAGUUGGAUUGUUUGGGUUUUGUUGUUAUGAGUUUGAGUACCUUAUAUAUUUUUGAAAUUAUCCCCUCAUCAGAUAUGAUUUGCAGAUAUCUUCUCCCAUAUAGUAGGUUGCUUUUAUGGUGUUUUUUUGUUUUUUGUCUUUGCUAUACAGAAAUUUUUUAGCUUGAUGUAGUCCCAUUUAGUAUUUUAGUUUUUAUGACCCUUGCCUUUGGAGUCAGAUCCAAACAAAAUACCAGUAAGACUGUUAUCAAGGCUCUUACUGCCUGUUUUCUUUCAGGACUUUCAUGGUUUGAGGUAUUAUGGUUCCUUACAUCAAAGUUUUUAAAUCUACUUUGAGUGUGUAUAUGGUGUAAACACUAGUCCAGUUUCCUCCUUUUGUAUGUGGCUGUCCAAUUUUCUCAGCACCAUUUAUGGAAGACACUGUCCUUUCCCCAUUGUAUAUCCUUGGUUCCUUUGACAUAAAUUAACUAUACAUGUAUCAGUUUGUCUGUGCUCUUUAUUCCAGGAUCUAUGUUUGUUUUUAUGGCAGUAAGAAAGACAGUAAGUAAUGCGUUGCUUAAGAGUGGGGUAAGUUCUGAGAAAUAUUUUGUUAGGUGAUUUCAUGGUUGUGCAAAUGUUACGGAAUGUAAUUACACAAGUCUAAAUGACUUAGCCUGUGCAACACCUAUGUUAUAUAGCGUAGCCUGUUGUGACCACUAUUGUAUAUAUGGCCUGUCAUUGGCCAAAACGUCAUCAAAUGAUGCCUUACUGCUGUGCUCUUUUGGUUACUGUAGUUUUGAAAUACAGCUUGAAGUCAGGAAGCAUGCUACCUCCAGUUUUUUCUUAAGAUUGCUUUGGCUAUUGGUGAUCUUUUAUGGUUCUAUAGAAAUUUUAGGAUUUUAUUUCUGUGGAAAAUGCUAUUGGAAUUUUGAUAGAGAUUGCACAGAGUCUGUACUUUGCUUUGGAUAGUAUGAACAUUUUAAUAUUCUUCCCCCAACCCAUGAACAUGAAAUAGCUUUACAUUUCUUUGUGUCUUUACUUUUUCAGUCUUGCACAUUUUAGUGUACAGGUCUUUCACCUCCUUGGUUAAAUAUAUUCCUAGGUAUUUUAUUCUUUUUUUUUUUUUUUUUUUUUUUUUUAAGAUUUAUUUAUUUAUUUAUACAAGCACUGGGUACAGUCAGAAGCACGGGAGGGCGAGAGAAUUCACCAGAGCCAGAGUGGGGAGCAGAGCAGGCAGAAGGACCGAAGUACACUGC